AUGCUCGAGGCUCCUCAGCUGCAGCAGCUCUACUCCGAGGAGAACAUAUUAUAUCGCGGCUCGCUUCCCUCCGCGGGUGGCUUGGUUCUGCAUCAGCUGAUCCGUCACGUGUUGGUGUCAUGGGUCACUGUGUGCAAAAUGGAGUUGUCUGAAUGUGUGCAGAGAGGACUGAAGUCUCUCGCAGAUCCGUCCGUGUUCGACCAGCGCGCCUUCGCGGUUCUGUUGGACGCGUGUUUCCGCAGUGUGCUGUCGGCUCCCGCAGACGCCUCGGUCCUGGUUCUCCCCGAGUUGGAGACCACCGACCAGAUAGUAGUGAAACAGAGUCACACGGCCAUGGUCACAUUCAUCCUGGAGUCUGCCAAGCUGAACGCAGACAAAUCAACGCUGAGCACAUGUCUUGAAGAACUUUCAUUCAAUGCAGAGAGAAUAGAGAUUUUUCACAAUGUAUAUGAGAAACAUAAAACUGACAUAAUUAAGUUAUUAUCAUGCAUAGGAAGACGAUUACCAGAGAUAAACGAUGUAUCAUGGCGUCUACAAUACCAGAUAAAGAGUGCGCAGGUUGAUAAAGUUGACAAGCCUUUCUACUUAAUAACACUUAACACGGAGAAUGAAGCCGGGUCCUCUGAGGAUGUGAACUUCACCUGCACAGUGGAGCAGCUACAGGAUUUGGUUGGAAAAAUAAAAGAUGCAGCGAAGAACCAACGGAUCCCUCGUAUAACCAUCAGGACUGUUUUUCUGGUCAGAAUGCAUCGCACCACACGGAUAAAAAUCACGGAGCUCAACCCUCACUUGAUGUGCGUGCUGUGCGGAGGCUACUUCAUCGACGCCACAACCAUCAUUGAAUGUCUUCACUCCUUUUGCAAAAUGUGUAUUGUGCGCUACUUGGAAACCAGCAAAUACUGCCCCAUCUGUGAUGUACAAGUACACAAGACCAAACCAUUGCUCAACAUAAGGUCUGACAAGACUUUACAGGACAUAGUGUACAAACUGGUGCCUGGACUCUUCAAAAAUGAAAUGAAAAGAAGAAGAGACUUUUAUGCUGACCACCCUUUAGAUGCUUCAAAUGGAACAAAUGAGGACCGUGGCGAAGUAGCAGAUGAAGAAAAACGAAUUAUUACAGACGAUGAGAUCAUCAGCCUCUCCAUUGAAUUUUUUGAUCCAGCCAGAAUGGGAAUGGGAUCAGAAGGAAAACAAGUUAAAGAACAGCUGGCAAACAAACGGUACCUGCAGUGUCCAGCAGCUAUGACAGUGAUGCAUCUAAGGAAGUUUCUGCGCAGUAAGAUGGACAUCCCCAACAUCUAUCAGGUGGAUGUUAUGUAUGAAGAGGAGCCUUUGAAAGAUGACUACACAUUAAUGGAUAUAGCCUACAUCCACACAUGGAGAAGGAACGGUCCACUUCCCCUCAAGUACCGCGUCAGACCGAACUGUAAGAAGAUGAAGGCGGCUGCCGCGGAGCAGGCUGGUCACAAAACGGGCAUGUCCGGUCCUGAGAGCGACGCCGUCAGCGACAAAGCACGAAGUCCCGCGGGGGCUGUCGCCUCCUCUGCGCAGAGCCCUGCUAUUGCGCAGUCUCCUCUCGCCCUGGAGACCACACACGCAUCUCCCGGAAACAACGUGAACGGGACGUCAAUGACCGCUCCACCGACCCCGAGCCGCUCCUUUACGCACUUCACCAGCAGCAACAAUAAACCGAGAAAAGUGUCUCUGAACGGAUCGUCCUCAGGAUGA